CUUUUGUUAUAUUUAUAGCUGAAUGUAGUUUUAUGAACUUGAUAUAUAUGCAUUUAGUUCUUGUCUAAAUUAUUUAUUUGGAAAUCGUUUAAUUCAUAUUAGAAUGUGUCAAAUACCUGACAACUUUUUAACGGCCGAUCUCGUGCGUCAUCCGCGAUGCAAUAAGCCAAAAUUUGAUCUGAGCAUACAUCAUACGGUGAGCAAGAUAUGGACGCAUUCACGUUUCAUGUUCAUCUUUGAGCGAGGCGAUCUCAAUUUGGCUGCACACUAUUUGGCUGAGCGAAUGCACGAACCCUUUCAGCCGUUUCCCUUUGCCAGUGUGGCCGUGCAUAAUUCGGUAAAGGAUGAUUUCAUUGAGCGUCUGCGAAGUCGCUUUCAUCAGGUGAAACCGCAUGUGGCGUUGCAUCCAAAUUUUGAGCGCAGCCUCAACGAACUAAAGCUGGGCGGAGUGAAAUAUGUGGUUGCCGACGAGGAGAAUGCUCCGCCAUUCGCCAGUCCCAUACUCGUGACGGACAAUGUGACGCAUUUGUUCUUCAGCAGCAGUCCCUCGGGUGUGGUCACACUGAAAGGUUUCAAUACGAUUAGAGAGGCUCAGGGCAUAUUCGGCGCCGAGACGCCGCCCUUUAGUGCCGUGCACAUCUUUGAUGAGAGCAUCACGAGUGUCUAUGCUCUGGCCGCAAUCGUCAAUUGUGUGCAGUUCUAUGUGAAUUGUUUUGAUGUUUGUACGAUGCCCAUUUUACCAUACUAUGGCAUGCGGCAGAGUCGAGCUCUGCUCCAUGAUGGCUAUCACAUGGAGACUUUGGAAAUUGGCGGUGUAUGGAAGAUCAUUACGUUCCCCUAUACAACAACUCUGGUGCGUCAAUGUGAUUGUGUAAAGGGUGAAUGUACUUGUUCAUCUAAGGAUAAAUCUUGCGAUGUCAGUGGAAAGAAGCAGACGCAGAUUCAGAAUAUUCUUCAAAUAGACGAGGCCGAGGAGUCGCUAGAAAAAUUAAACUAGCGUUAAGCGAAAAAUAUGUUACACAAACUUUAACUUCCUGACUGACUGCGAUGUCUGGCUUCAGCUGGUGCUACUAUCAAAGAACUACUAAGAAAUUUCCCACUUCCAGUUGCCAUUUCGACUGCCAUGGCACAUGUGGCCCCAUAAUUUUCGCGGUAGUUGCGUUUGAAUUGCAUCUACAGUAGAAACUAGAAGCCAUUUGAAAUUAAUUUUUUUUAAGAUUAGUUGUAAUUAGUUAGGAUUUAUUAUUCGGCGUGAUAUUCAUUAAAAUGAAUCGAUUAAAUCGAAAGUAAUCUGUAAAAUAAUAAUCAACAAUUCAAAAGUAUAAUGUUUAGUAUGAACUCAAAUAGUGUGACCAAAGUUGCUCUAGCGACAUGUAAACAGGGACAAUAUAGUUCCUUAAAGCUGCUUUAUCGAUACAUAUAAGAAAAGAAGAUAUCGGUAAUCGACGUCGAAAAUUUCGACUUGUAACAGCAGAUGAAAGU